AUGGCUGAUUAUUCCCAAGACCCUCUGCACCCCAUCGCCAUCCUCGGUCAGUCCUUUACGCACCCACCACGAUUUGCGCUAUUCAUCCCCCCCACUGACACAUAGAGGCAUCUCCCCCAGUCGACGAACUGAGAAGCGAGGAUGUCACCCUGCGUCUCAACGCGAUCCACCGCAUCUCGACCAUCGCCCUCGCCCUCGGCACAGAGAGGACACGCACAGAGCUGAUCCCGUUCCUCAUCGAAUCGCUCGACGACGACGACGAGAUUCUGCUCGCACUCGCCGAGGAGCUCGGCCUCAACUUUGUCGAGUACGUCGGCGGCGACCAGUAUGCGCACCUGCUCCUGCCCGUGCUCGAGAUACUCGCGUCGGUCGAGGAGACCUUGGUGCGCGAGAAGGCGUCCGAGUCCAUCGCCAAGGUCUGUGCCGCCCUUUCGGAGCAGCAGAUCGAAGAGUCGUACCUCCCGCUGCUCAAGCGCCUCGAAUCGGCCGAAUGGUUCACCUCGCGCACGUCCGCCACCUCGCUCUUCGCCGCCGCGUACCCGAAAGCCGCUCCAGCGACUCGCGACGACAUGCGCAAGAUGUACACCAAACUCUGCACUGACGACACCCCCAUGGUUCGUCGUGCCGCCGCGAAGGAGCUCGGCCCCUUCUCCAAAACCGUAUCGCACGAGCACCUCCUCAACGACCUCCUCCCCGCCUUCCGCAAGCUGUCCCAGGACGACCAGGACUCGGUCCGAUGCCUCACCGUCGAUGCGCUUAUCGCUAUCGCCGAGGCCCUGUCCAACGACGAGUGCAAGACGUACCUCGGCGCGACGAUGAAGGCCAUGGUCAGCGACAAGAGCUGGCGUGUGCGAUACAUGGUCGCCGACCACUUUGUCAAACUCGCGACCGCCGCCGGAGAGGACCACGUCCGUGAAGACCUCGUCGUCGCUUUCGUCGCUUUGCUCAAGGACAACGAAGCCGAGGUCAGGACCGCCGCAGCUGGUCAGAUCCCUGGUGAGUGUUCGAGAAGUGCAAAUGGUCGCGGGUGGCCGAAACUACAGAAAGCUGAUCUCUCCUCUUGACGAUAGGCUUUGCCAAACUUGUGGACCGAGAAAUCAUCCUUGCCCGUCUGAUGCCCUGCAUCCGUGACCUCUCAACCGAUACCUCGCAGCACGUCCGAGCAGCGCUCGCGACGCAGAUCUCGGGACUUGCGCCUUUGCUCGGCAAGGACUCGACGUUCGAGCACCUCUUGCCCUUGUUCCUCCAGCUAUUGAAGGAUGAGUUCCCCGACGUACGGCUCAAUAUCAUCUCCAAGCUCGACAUGGUCAACGCCGUGAUUGGCAUCGAGCUCUUGUCCAAAGCGCUGUUACCGGCAAUCGUGCAGCUCGCCGAGGACAAGCAAUGGCGAGUGCGCCAGGCCAUCAUCGAAUACAUCCCUCUGCUCGCACAACAGCUCGGUGUCGCCUUCUUUGACGAGCAACUCGCCAGCCUGUGCAUGAACUGGCUUGGCGACCCCGUCUUUUCGAUCCGAGAAGCCGCGACGGUGAAUCUGCGCAAGCUGACCGAGGUCUUUGGCGUCGAGUGGGCCAAGUCGGCCAUCAUCCCCAAAGUCAUCAACUUGGGCACCAACACAAAUUACCUCUUCCGCAUGACAACCGUGUUUGCGAUCACAGUGAGUCGAGAUUGCAGCCUUGUCACACGAUAACGCAUUCGAGGGUGGAAGCCUGAUCGUGCAUUUGAGUCUUUUAUUAUCCCAGACGAUGGCACCAGCAUUGGACGUCGAUGUCAUCCGUUCCAGCGUUCUUCAAACCGUCACUCUCCUCGUCUCUGACCGCAUCCCCAACAUCCGAUUCAACGUUGCCAAAGCAUUGGAGACUCUGGCCAAGGCCGUCGCAGGCCAACCGGGAGGCAAGGAACUCGUCGCCGAGGAGAUCCUGCCCAGUCUCGAGAAGCUGCGCAACGACACGGACGCCGACGUCAGGUUCUUUGCCGAGCAAGCCUCGAUCACGGCACAGAAUGUCGCGAACGGGGAGACGCAGCCCAUCUCGACCGAAGUGACCAUGUCGGAUGUAUAG